CCUCGUGCCCUAAUGGGGGACUCAGGAUCCAGGCGAUCAACUCUAGUGUCUCGGUUGCCAAUAUUCAGAAGAAGUAUUAGCCGGAGACAUGACUCCCUCCCUUCUUCGCCUUCCUCUGCCAGCACUGUGGGUGUGCACACCUCCUCCCCAUCCAGCACUAACUCCAGCUCAGGGAGCACAGGCAAGCGCCGGAGCAUAUUCCGAACUCCUUCCAUUAGCUUCCAUAACAAGAAGGGGGGGGAGCAAAAGCCUGAUGCCGCCAGCCAGAAUGUUAACAUCUCAAAUGGUGACCAGCCCUCUCUCAGUACUUUUCAAAAACUGUGCCUGGAGGAACACAUUAAAAGCAGAGGAAGGCAUUCGGUUAGUUUUGGCAGUUCGCGUAGCAAGAAGAUAACAAGGUCUUUGACAGAUGAUUUCGAAAAAGGAAAGGAAUCUUCAGCUAAUAAGAAUGUCUUCAUAAAUUGUAUAAGCUCUGGCAAAAAUGAGGGUGACGAUUCUGGCUUUGUGGAGGAACAGAGCCGCUACUCUGUCAAACAGUCCACACGAAAACUUCUCCCUAAAUCUUUCUCAUCGCACUACAAGUUUUCCAAACCGGUUCCACAGAGUCAAUCAGUUUCUUCUGUGCAGCAGACUGGGUGCAUGCUGGAGAUAAAAUCCUAUGUUGAAAGUGAGCCAGUGAUUGCCACGUCCUCUUCUCCAUGCUCAGCUGAGGUGAUGGAGUGCAUGGGGAGUGCUUUGCAGUCUCCACUGCUCUCGGCUGACCUCACGGCUGUCCAGACCCCCUCUGACUUCAUAACCUUGACGGAGGAUUCUGUUUCAGAGGUUGAUGCUCUGCCCGGCAGUGGGAAUGGUGUGCUGCCAGCAGAGGAUUUUGGCCAUAGUGUCUCUACCUCUCAGAUAAUCUUAAAUCCUGCUGCUGUUCCGGUGAAGGAAAUGGAUUAUGUGGGAAGUCCUUGCCAGUCUGCUGCUGUAUCUCCUGCAAGUCAUGCAAGCUUGUGUAGUGUUGAAUCUAAUACUUUGUUCAAAACUUCAGCUGCUAAUCAAACGAGAGUAUCAUUGCAAGCCAAUGAACUACAUGUUACAGAUGCCAGGCACAAAGGAGAAAUGAACUCAGCAAAGGUGAAUUUAGAAACCUUUGCAUUACAGCAUAAAGAAGAACUGGGGAUGCACUCUCCAGCAGCUAAGGAGUUGAGUGGGGACCAAGAGGAAAUCACGUUCUCCAAGCACAAGAGAGAAACAAUUCCUGUAACAGAGCCUAAGAUUAUUCAGUGUUCUGAAUCUCAGUCCUUUAAAACGCAACAGGGAUAUGAAACAAACCAUCCUAACGUUGAUCUUGCCAAUAGCUUCAGUCCAUACCGAGAAGGCAGAUUUAUUGAGAAGAGACUCAGAUCCUCCUCAGAAGGCACUGCUGGAAGCAGUCGGGUGAUCAUAAAACCAAAGGAUGGCAAUGCAGAAGAACUUAACAGCCUAUGGAAGCAGAGAGCAAGCUCAUCCUCUUCAAAAAUGAACAGCAUGGAUGUUUUGAAUAACUUGGGUUCCUGUGAGUUAGAUGAAGAUGACCUAAUGCUUGAUUUGGAGUUCCUAGAAGAACAACAUCACCAUCGUACUGUUUGUCGAGAAGACUCGUACCAGUCGAUAGUCUCAUGUGCUGCUGUAGUACUUACCCCAACAGCGGAUACAAGGAAGAAAGAACAGAUGCCAAAACCUGAAGCGUCUAAACAGAACCUCUCUUUGAAACUGUCGAAGGAGGUAGAACAAGGAGAAGCCAGGUAUCCCCGAAUUAGCCAGCUGGCUGGCAGCCCAUCUGUGGAGUGGCCUUUUACUGGUUUGGAAGAAGGCGGAGGCAUUGAAUCUUUGCCCUUCAGACUGAUGCUGCAAGAUUGCACAGCUGUAAAGACAUUGCUACUGAAAAUGAAGAGGGUUCUUCAGGAGAGUACAGACAUGAGUCCAGCUAGCAGCACUACCUCACUCCCUGUUAGCCCUCUUCCCGAAGAGCCGUUAUUUUUUAAGGAUGGAAUAAAAGAUGAAUGCUCAGUGCUGAAGCUGCAACUGAAGGAGAAAGAUGAACUCAUAGCCCAACUUCGCGAGGAACUGGGACUGCUUCUAUUAGGCAGUGAGACAUCCACAUCCAAAAUCUAUCUUCAGUCUUUGAGUUGCAAAGUGAAAAAAGUCCUUAAGACAUGGACAUAUUGGAAAAAAUCCACUGUAGUGUCACCAACAUGGUCAAGAUAUUGCAGCACCUAUCCUUUGAAGAGCGGUUGA